GAGAAAUUGCUUUGUCUAAUAGACUCCCCACAGUAUGUAGGCAACAUUGCUUUCCUCCCGUAUUCUCUAGCAGAAAGUCUGUUCCCUUGUUUUCUCAGAAGGCAGUGAGGUUAUUGGACUAUCAAUGUAAUCCAGUGCAGCCUGCAAGAGAUGCUGUGGUUGAACUCAAAUCUAACAGACUUUCAGGAUACUUGGAAAUUUAAGACAAUUGCGUUUUUAUUUGUGUUAUCCUCCACAUUUACGUUUUCAGCACAGUGUGGAUACAUCUUACCACAGAACAUGACGCUUGUUCAAACUAAAAUACUUUUCUCUCGCUACUCUUCUCACUCACAGGCCUACUUCAUCGUGCAGAAAAGCUAUUUGACUGUAGAGGGGGAGUAGGUAACACACUGUAAUAUUCCAGAGGACAUGCUGUUUUUACCAUUCGCUCAUGUGGGUCAUUAGGAAAUGGGCUUAAAUUGAAAACUGACUCAGGCCUUUGAAUAACCCAUGAUCACAUAUUUGGACAAUUACAAAUAAUUUCUUCCAGUGCGACUAAGCCGAGCUGUUUCAGAAACGUGGAUACUUUGCAAGCGAUCUGAUUUGAGCGCGCCUCGACCCAAUGUCCAGUGGUUGAACUGCGGCGAGAACUUCAUAAAACAUACAAGAGACUGGAUUUUGAACUCAACCAAGUUUGACUUUAUGUAGUCACAUAGCAGUACACAUCACUUGACCGCAGUUUCCAAUCACUUCUGACUGUGACCGUCCAUUGCAUGGGCUAACAAGAGCGCACAAAGAUGGCAUCCCUCUCGAGAAGCGCUUCUCCGGGGUUGUGGAAACAAAUCAUGGCUCCACUCGUCUUGCUCUUGUGCAACAGGCUUGUGGCCAAUGCGGACGAAGACACUUUCAACGCAGAGUCGUGGUUGCGGAGGUUUGGCUACCUUUCCCAAGCCAGCAGACAGAUGUCAACCAUGCAGUCCUCUCAGAUCCUGUCCAAUGCCGUCAGUGACAUGCAGCACUUCUAUGGCCUGGAGGUCACUGGAGAGAUGGACCCUGCCACACUGAAGGCCAUGAGAAGGCCUCGCUGUGGAGUCCCAGACAAAUCUGUUGAGCAGGCUGAGAAUGGUGUGAGGCGGAAACGCUAUGCUCUCACUGGCCAGAAGUGGGACAAGAACCAUCUGACUUACAGCAUUAUGAACACCACCCCAAAGAUUGGUGAGGUGCGGACACAGGAGGCCAUCCGCAGAGCUUUCAAGGUGUGGGAGCGCGUGACUCCACUGAGCUUUGAAGAGAUCGCUUUCCAAGACAUCACCAACAGCAGCCAGGACGCGCUAGAUAUCAUGCUAUUGUUUGCCUCUGGUUUCCAUGGAGACAUGUCUCUGUUCGAGGGCGAGGGGGGGUCCCUGGCUCAUGCCUACUACCCAGGUCCCGGGAUGGGCGGAGACACGCACUUUGAUGCAGACGAACCCUGGACCCUUGACAACCACGAUCCAUCAGGUAUUGACCUCUUCCUGGUUGCGGUGCAUGAGCUGGGCCAUGCUCUGGGUCUGGAGCACUCUGAUAACCCCAAUGCUAUCAUGGCUCCCCUUUACCAGUACAUGGACACAAAUACCUUCUCACUCCCAGAGGAUGAUAGGAAUGGAAUACAGAAGAUAUAUGGACCUCCAGACGAUGCUUCCACUCAGGACCCACCCGCCACCUCUGAUGAUGACACCUCCCCAAACCAAGACCCCACCACCACUACUCCUACAGACCUAGACCCCACCGCCACCCCUGAUAGUCCCCUUGAGACAGACACCCCCAGCCCCACCUAUGACCCUGAUACCCCAGACCAAUCAGAACCAGAUCCCACCGACGCACCUCCCCUACCCGACCCAGACCCCACCAUCCCCUGGCCUGAUCCCGUGCCAGUGACCCCCUACAUCAGGAGGGAUGAGCCUCGUCGCCCCCCAAAGCAGCCAGACCACACUGCCCCCAACAUCUGUGACGGGGACUUUGAUACGGUCACCAUGCUGCGAGGGGAGAUGUUCGUCUUCAAGGGUCGCUGGUUCUGGAGAGUUAGAAGGAACCAUGUCCUGGACAACUAUCCAAUGCCCAUCUCGGUCUUCUGGGUUGGACUACCUGAUGAUAUAGACUCUGGUUAUGAACGGCAUGAUGGAAAAUUUGUCUUUUUCAAAGGUGAGAGGUACUGGGUAUUCAGGGAGGCUGACGUGGUGCCUGGUUACCCCCAGCCCCUGGUAGAGUAUGGUCAGGGCCUCCCCACAGACAGGAUCGAUACAGCCAUCUGGUGGGAACCCACUGGCUACACAUACUUCUUCAGAGGAGACAGAUACUGGCGUUUUGAUGAAGAGUCCCGCACCGGUGACAGAGACUACCCGAAACCUGUCUCCAGGUGGGGCAAGGUCCCAUCCUCUCCUAAAGGAGCCUUCCUCAGCGAUGAUGGCUUUUACACAUACUUCUACAAGGGCUCCAAGUACUGGAGGUUUGAUAACCAGAAGAUGAAGGACGACUCAGGCUACCCCAGAUCCAUCCUUAAAGACUUUAUGGGCUGUGAUGGAGCCCCGGACGUGGACCCAGACACAGAUACAGACGACACAGUUACAGGCCGCAAGUGGCCCACAGUGGACCAGCCAAAACCACAACCACCAGUUGGCUCAGACCCAGAUGAGGUGGACCGAGAGACCGAUAAGGAUUACACCAACGAUGUGGAUUAUGAACCUGAUGCGAAGGACAAAGAGAUGGAUGUGGUGGUGAAGAUGGCUGAGAACGAGGCCAAGGUUAUGACCCUGAUCAUGGUGACCGUGCCCCUGGUCCUGGUGCUGUGCAUCCUACUAUUGAUCUAUGCUAUUAUUAACACCCUGCAGAAGAAAGAGGCGCCCAGACUUUUGGUCCACUGCAAACGAUCCCUGCAGGAGUGGGUUUGAUCUGCUCAAGAAAUAGAUUCACAAACACACACAAUACAUAGGCACAUACCGUUUGCACACAUAUACACACACAAACAUUACAUAAAAAUACAAGCACAUAGUUUCCGUAUCUUUCCUCCAUGGUGCUUUACCCGAUCUUGUUUAUAACAUAUAAUAUGCACUUUUAACGUCCUGUGUUUAGAUUUGUUGUGUUAGUUGCGGUUGUAGUUUUAAGUGUGUUUAGCAAAACAUUUCCGUGAAUGUCCUUAUAAAACAGAGUGGUGGUGCGUGUCUACAACCAGCAAAGGAAUGUCUAACAGUUGUGUGUGCUGUAAACACAAGGGGGAGACAAGGCGGGUGGAAGGGAGGUGGGAGAAGGAGGGAAGGAGGUGGGAC